AUGUUUUUCUUUCUUUCUCAUCUUUCUGCCUUUUACAGUCUUGCAGGGAAUGGGCGUAUUUUUUAUAACGAGAAUUUAGGAAGGACACCACAACACUAUCUAUCUAUCUAUCUAUCUAUAUAUAUCUAUCUAUCUAUCUAUCUAUUUUCUUUCCACCUAUCUUUCAACCUCUUCCUCUUUCAACUUCUCUUUCUACAUCUUCCCUCUUUUCAUCUUCCUCUUUCCACCUCUCUUUCUACAUCCUCCUUUUCCAACCUCUCUUUCCAACCAACUCUUCCUCUUUCCACCUCUCUUUCAACCUCCUCCUUCUUUCCUCCUCUUUCAACAUUUUCCUCUUUCCACCUCUCUCUUCCACCUUCAAUCCUCCUCUCCCACCUUUCCAUCAACCUCUCUUUCAACCUCUUCCUUCUACAUCCACCUCUCUUUUUCUCUUCCUCUUUCCACAUCUCUUUUACAUCUACCUUUCCAACUCUCUUUCUACAUCUUCCCUAUUUCCACCUCUUUCCAUCCUCUCUUUCCACCUCUUCCAUCUUCUUUCCACCUCUCUUUCUACAUCCUCCUUUCCACCUCUAUCAAACCACUUCCUCUUUCCACCUCUCUUUCUACCACAUCCUCCUCCUCCUUUUCCACCUCUCUUUCAACCACUUCCUCUUUCCACCUCUCUUUCUACAUCUUCCUCUUUCCACUUCUCUUUCUACAUCCUCCUCUUUCCACAUCUCUUUCUACAUCUUCCUCUUUCCACAUCUCUUUUUACAUCUACCUCUUUCCAACUCUCUUUCUACAUCUUCCUAUUUCCACCUCUCUUUCUACAUCCUCCUCUUUCCACUUCUCUUUCUACAUCUACUCUUUCCAACUCUUUCCACAUCUUCCUAUUUCUCUUUCUACAUCCUUCCACUCUUUUCCAUCUUCCUCUUUUCCACCUACAUCUUCCUCUUUCCAACUCACCUACAUCUUCCUCUUUCCCACUUUCAACCACUUCCUCUUUCCACCUCUCUUUCAACCACAUCCUCUUUCCACCUCUUUCUACAUCCUCCUCUUUCCACCUCUCUUUCAACCACUUCCUCUUUCCACCUCUCUUUCAACCUCUUCCUCUUUCCACCUCUCUUUCUACAUCUUCCUCUUUCCACUUCUCUUUCUAUAUCUUCCUCUUUCCACCUCUCUUUCAACCACUUCCUCUUUCCACCUCUCUUUCAACCACUUCCUCUUUCCACCUCUCUUUCAACCUCUUCCUCUUUCCACCUCUCUUUCUACAUCUUCCUCUUUCCACCUCUCUUUCUACAUCUUCCUCUUUCCACCUCUCUUUCUACAUCUUCCUCUUUCCACCUCUCUUUCUACAUCUUCCUCUUUCCACCUCUCUUUCUACAUCUUCCUCUUUCUACAUCUUCCUCUUACCACCUCUCUUUCUACAUCUUCUAUUGA